AAAUCGGACCAGUUCGCGAAGAGUCCUACGCGUGACGCAGAUACGCGCCGAUCCAAGUCCGUGUGAAUUUUCUCGCGUGGAAAACGAAUUUGUGAUGAUGAUGCUCAAUGCGGCACAGGUUUCGGUUAUAUUUAUGCUGACGUUUCUGCAUACGGAAUGCAAGAAACCCCCGGGGUACGUGGAAAAGCCCAAGGAAUACGACCCGAAUCCGCCUAAUUACCAGUUCGGCUACCGGAUAGAAACGAAGAAAGGAAACCAAGGCAGAGACGAAAAGCGCGAGGGUAUUUUUGCUGAGGGCAGGUACUACGUGCAAAAUCCCGAUUCUAACCACGAUGUCAAAUACUUCACUGACAACUGGGGAUACCAUCCGAUCGUCGAGUACAGUAACACCGGCCCGCACAGCAAGAGUUCCGCGUCGUUCAUUCUCGACGAAGAGGCGCUCAAAUACAAAAAGAGUGGCAAAAUCGCGGAUAAAGAAGCACUGAUGGAGAAUGCGAAAGGACAACAGUCGCACAGACCCACCGAGAACAGGAACCAGCCCGUUCAAGAAGAUCCCACCAGACUAAAACUUGAAGACAAACCCAUGGAAGAUCCGGCGGUCGUACAAGUAGACGCCGGUAAACCGAUACAAAACAUCAUAGACGAAAAUCCUGUAACCCAGCCCGAAUCAGAUCCGGCAGAGAAGAACGAAUCCAGUGAGCCCGAGAUUUCCCAGCCAAUUCAAACUCCAAUUUGCUGUUCCGAACAGCAGCGUAGCAAUAAAACCGUUUGUUGUUUUUCGCAAUAUAAACAACCGCAGUUUAUUCUGCUCUUGGCAAAAUCGGCUCCGGCUAGUCCCAAAAUAUUGGAGCUCCUUCAAGGCGAAUAUUUCCAACAAUCGGACUCUUCUCUGACCAACAGUGUCGAGAAAAGUGAAAAAAACAUCGACCGUUCGUUCGAUAAACACGACGACCACCAGAAUAUGCUGAUCGAGUCCACCAAGAAUAUGGUAACCGGCGCUGAUGUAAUAGACAUCAACGAGGCAGCCAACGGUAAGGAAGAGUCGUUGCAAAAGUUGAUGAAAAAACACGCAACACCUGCGAUUCUAAAAGCAUCCAAUUCCAACGCGACGUUGGCACAACCAAUCGUAGUCGCUGAAUCUGCAGAGGAAAAACCGGUAAUCGAAAAAAGUUCGGAAGAUGUUUUGGUCACCCACAGCACGAAAUUUCUGGCACCCAUCACCGCCGGCAUCCAACUCCACCACGCCGAACCACUGACCGAAAAUGCUAAGCAAACGGAAGAUCGCACCGCAGGAAAGGUUGCGAUCGAGGUGCAAAAAAGUAUGCCCUACUAUUUGGGGAAAUACGAAUAUCCGGUGGAAUAUCUGGUUGAAGGUAAAAAUGACGGAAAAACUUCGGCCGAAGUCAAGGCGUCCGAAGACAUCGAACUGGGGAAGACGCUCUUAUAUUUUACAGACGCCAAGGCAGAAAAGCUAACGCAGGGGAUAUCGGAAAAGUCUGAGAUCACCAAAACGGACCCUAUGCCAAUUCUAAUGAGGAAAACGAAUCCACAAGCGUAUUCGGUUGUGGAGAAGUCUGUACAUAUACCAGUUCCAGUUACCAAAUACAUCGACCGCCCCUACCCAGUUAAAGUACCAUACCCACACUACCAGCCUCAAGUGGAAAAUAUUAUCAAGGAACAUUACCCAUUAGAAGUAAAAAUACCGACAGGAAAGAAAAACUUUAUCAACAGACAUUACCACGCCCAAGAACAAAGCGCGACGCAAUGGCCUCAGGUCUAUUACGUAAAUCUUCCUUGGCACCAAACGCAUGAUUCAGAACUUAUUCAAAACAUCCACCAACAGACCCAGCAGCACUCAAAUAUCGUGUACUACUUGAACCAUCCGGUUUCUUACGCACCCCAACCGCCCAAGCCAAAAUUGAAAGUCAACCAUAAUGGCUACUUGCCUCCUCAAGACUGCGUACAUCAGCAGCCUGUAUAUAAGAACGAAUUCAAUUUGAAAAAUGCUGACGAAUACGCAUGGUUGACCCCGCCUAAAUAUAGCUCGAAGUACGGUCGGCAACUAGGCAGGAGCUAUAGACAGGCGCGUUCAAAUUUUGACGCCAAGAGUAUCAAGAUGGAGUACGGUUUCAUGCCGCCGUUGAUACCAUCGUUAGAGAUCGACGAACAAGGACAGCCGUUAGAGAAAAGCGAGAGGAUCUGAGCAGUGCAAGAAAAUAUUGCUCAGAUUGCAUGGUUUAAGAAAUGACUGACAACGAUUUAAGGAUAACUAAUCCUAGGCUUAGGUACGAUUGCCAUUGUAGCGAUAAGGGGGUUAAAAUUGUAUAACUUUGGUUACCGAGAAUACCUCAAAUUUUCAUUUCGUUUAGCUGACUGUAAGGCUAGAUGCCAUCUCUGGUUUAGCUCGUAUUUAUUUGGGAUCGUCGAACUCUCAUGUUGAGAGGCAAUAUUGUGAUUUUUUUUAUCCCACGAAGUCACGGUUGUUGUAGUUUUAUAUAUUUGUUUAAUAAACAGUAACGUUAAUGCGUUUUCAAUUUGGCUG